UGCUCUCCCGUGGUUGGCUAGCUGUCACGCCGCGCUCCGCCUCCCCACGCACACCCGAGAGGAAGAUGAGUGACCCGCAGCAGGCAGGACUGCGAAAUCAUGGCAACAUUUAUGGAACGGUUGGCUUUUCUUCAGAAAGUGCCCACUCUGAUGAAGGCCACGGCAGAUGAUGAAAGCCCCUGUCCUGGCUACCUCUUCCAGGAGAUUGGAAAAAUCUCCCAGGAGUCUUCCGGUUGUGGUCAGUGUUUGUUGGAGUACCUGUUGGAGCGGUUGCAAGUGGAGUCCUGUCACGUCAAACUCAAGGUGCUGAAGAUCUUUGUCCAUCUCUGCGGCCAUGGUUCAAACCAUAUCCUCACAGAACUUAGGAGGAACUCCACCUUCAUCCAGCAAGCAUCAGUUUACAGUGGCCCACCUGAUCCAAUUCAUGGCACAGCGUUGUACCAGAAAGUGAGGAAUACAGCACAGGAAGUGGCCUUGUUGCUUUUUACUGAUACAAUUUCCACCAAAAGCGGCGUCUCUCCACACUUAGCCCCAGCAACAAUGGGUAUGGGCUCGGGCUCUUCCCACAGGUCAGGAAUGCAAGGCUUUGGUUACAGUCCAGGGAAGCAGGGGACAGCAGGCGGUGACUCACUACUGGAUAAGAUCCAGAAAGCUGCAGAGGUAGUGGCCAGUGCCGUCCUUCCACCAAUGGAACACCAGGGCAUCCGUCUCCAUGACAAUCACUACCGGGCCGUCGCUGCGCCAUCUGCGCCCAUAGAGAUCGCCGUGCCAGCGUGUGCCUAUAACCUCCCCGCUUGCAAACCCAAAGCAGUGACCCAGCGGUGCCCGGGACAGGUGGGAGGUGGCUGGGAAGAGACCGACAGCGGCAAUAGCUCCUCUCACAACUCCUCUCAGGACAUCGCAGCAAACAGCAGGGCCUCAGUGGGAAGCAAGUCAGCGGGCACCGGGAGCCAGUCGGGGGCCAGUAGAGAGAGCAGUGGGGACCUGACAGAACGGGUUGAAGCUAUGCAGUUGGGGGACUGUGGCCAGGAGAUGGCGCUCAUCAGCAGACUGACUGAAGGCUCCAGAGUUUUCCUGUCCAGAGAGGAGAACCAGCAUUUCAUCAAAGAGUGCUCCAUUCUUAACUGUGAGGUUGUGGUGGAGUUGCUCUCAAGCAAGCUUCAAGAUCCCUCGAACACUGUUAAGAUGCGGGCGCUGUGUUCUGUUGCGUGCCUCAUGACCUCUGACCUCCUCUCUCUGGAACAAAUGUUUGGAGCUACGCAAAAAAGACUCUGUCAGCUGAGUGAGGGGCCCCCAGGACCUGUGGCAAACAAAGCCACCAAGAUUUUGCGUCAGUUUGAAGCUCUGACGGCUGGUCCUUUGAACGCUCCCAGGCAGGAUACUGCAAACAGUCGUCUCCAAGCAACAACUAAUCAGCCUCCCACAUCUACAUACUCAGACCAUUUGUUACGAACCCGCUCUGCUGACGGCAGCAGCUUCAGCCACCAUCAGCCUAACAUCGCACCCACAGGUGUCACUCAACCACCAACUCACCCAUCUUCCCCUUCUGGCCUGGCUGUGGCACACACAGACUCCCCAGCGGAUCUGAUGAACGACGCUGAUGAAGGGAAGCUUUCUCCCAUUUGUCCAGAGCCAGUCAGGACUGCUGAGGUCACACUGACUGUGGAGGAUCUAGAGCUGAUCAGAAACAGAGGUCCCACUCCUCCGGCUCAACCCCGGAGUGAGCAUCGCUGUCUGAGUAGACGUUCUAUGUUCAGUGGUAUGGAGCUGGUAAUCAAGGGGAGGCCGCUGUGUGUUCGGGAAAGAGAAACGUCCCAGACAAAGAUGGGCCAAGAAGACGACGACUUAAAGGAGAAUACAGACGUGCAUAAGUCCGACAAUGCAGAACAUUCAACUCUCCCUGGCUCCGAUAAAAACACUGAGAACACGCCGUCAUUUUGCAAUCCAGUUGCAUCGGACAGCAGCCAGCCAGUAUCUGCCUUUUCAUUUCUCAAAUUUUGACCAACAGUUUGCAGCCGGAGCUGUUCUACCUUAACCAAUGAUGUCAUCACAUAAAUAUCCUCUUAGAAAAUCUAUAUAAUUAUCUAUUUAUUCAUUUAAUAAACCAAGCUCAGACCUGUGAGCGUAUACUGUUUAGAAAGCAGAUGCAUAUAUAAUGAUGAGUUUUCUAUUCAUAUAUGUGUGGUGCCUCUGUGGAAGCUGAACUUAAAGGACCAGUGUGUAGGAUUUAGGCCACAUCCGUAACUACUGUUUUAGCCCUUAGUUCCGUAUCAGUAUUAAUCCCUCUCUAUACUAACACGCCUGAAAACGUAUGUCAUUUGACCAUGAUUCACGUACAGUGAUCCUGUGGGUGUCAGUGUAAACAAGGAGCAGAUUGUCUACCCUGCAGUUUGUUACUGAGAAUACUACAAACGAGAAAACACAUGGUGAAAGGUAGGAGCAGGGAUUUCUUUCAUGGGAGCGACAAACAGGUGGAACUGCUACUUAAGUAUUUGCAACGCUUUGCCUUCACCGUCUGUAGUCGACUCAUGACUGCGUCGUCGUUUCCAAACGUCUUUGUUUUCACCCGUCCACACUACAACGGGACGAGCAAUUUUCGAAGGCAGGCGUAAACUUGGCAGCAAUGAUGCCGUUUAAAAAUGAAAACAUAGUGAUGUGGAUGUAGCCUUAUUGGCAUUUGGCAGUGAGUUUGCAGACUGCAACCAACUCAACUCCUGUCUCUGCACCCUUCCCUUUCCAAGUAUGUAGGAGAGCCUAUGGGAGCGUUCAGUUAGCUUAAAAAUACAAAAGGUCCUCGGCCAAUGUUUGGUCCGUCUGUUCUGAGAUGGAGAAUUACCCACUGUAGAUAUGAAUGUCUCAAUUUCAGCUAAUAAAGACACUAUUCUUGGUCACAGGUGACCACACACAACUGAACAUACAGCAAUUAUGAAUAUUGCAUAGCUUCACUUUCUGCCGACAGAUUUUGUUUAGACCCCACACACUGGUCCAUUAAGCAGCACAUCCCAAUUACAAGAGUCCUUGAGGCCGUGGCGGAAUUUCUUCAAAAAAGUAUUUCACAAGUAUGGUUGUCUUGAAUCACAGGUUCUUACUGAUGGUUGCUUUAUCUCAGGAUUUCUUUUAGGUAUCAACUCUUAAACCUCUGCCUCACGCCCUGAAACUGAGGGAGAAUCCCUUGAUUUGUAAUUUGCACUACAGUUGUUUUUCUUAUGAACUGAAAAUACUACAAAGAGAGAGUUGUCUUCCAUACUUUUUGUUACUAAACUACAAUGUUAGUGUGAAUGUUAUGUUAAUUUUACAAAUUAUUUAUUAGGUUUACCCUGUAGUGACUGAAACAUACCCAUGGAAGUGGCUGUAGAGUGCUUGUCUAUGAUUAAAAAAAAUAAUGAAUGUGUGGAGAA